UUCCCCAGCCCUUGGCCAGCGUUCUGCCUCUCUCAGCUGUGCUCCAGUAAAGUCGGAAUGUUGACUGUUCACAUUCUUAUCACUUUACCCCUCCCUGUCUCUGUCACCUCCUCCAGCCCCUAACCCCCUCCCUGUCUCUGUCACCUCCUCCAGCCCCUACACCCCCUCCCUGUCUCUGUCACCUCCUCCAGCCCCUUCACCCCCUCCCUGUCUCUGUCACCUCCUCCAGCCCCUACACCCCCUCCCUGUCUCUGUAACCUCCUCCAGCCCCUACACCCACUCCCUGUCUCUGUAACCUCCUCCAGCCCCUACACCCCCUCCCUGUCUCUGUAACCUCCUCCAGCCCCUACACCCCCUCCCUGUCUCUGUCACCUCCUCCAGCCCCUACACCCCCUCCCUGUCUCUGUAACCUCCUCCAGCCCCUACACCCCCUCCCUGUCUCUGUAACCUCCUCCAGCCCCUACACCCCCUCCCUGUCUCUGUAACCUCCUCCAGCCCCUACACCCCCUCCCUGUCUCUGUAACCUCCUCCAGCCCCUACACCCCCUCCCUGUCUCUGUCACCUCCUCCAGCCCCUACACCCCCUCCCUGUCUCUGUAACUUCCUCCAGCCCCUACACCCCUCCCUACCCUGUGACCUCCUCCAGCCCCUACACCCCCUCUCUAUCCCUGUCACUUCCUUCAGUCCCUACACCCCCUUCCUAUCUCUGUAACCUCCAUCUAUUCCUUCACCCCCUCCCUAUCUCUGUCACUUCCUCCAGCCCCUCACAUUCCUGGGAGCGUUAUUGGGUUUGGGCCUCUAUCAGUGAUGUACCCUGGCUGAUAUUCUGCUCCAUGUUCUGGUGGCGGUGGCUCUGAUUGGAGGGUUAACCUUCAUCGUUGCUGUGGUGCAUUACAUCCAUCAGUCUCCCUAUCCCAUAAUACUCUCUCCUUUGGACGGGAUGCUGGGUAACAGACAGAACCGCCUGACUGGGGUUCAUGGAAUAGAUGCCAAGGUGUUGCAAGGUUAUGUUAGCCUCAGAGAGCAACAGCCACUGACCCUGCGUUGUGACCAGUGCAGUAUUGUGUCGAGCUCUGGACAGAUGCUGGGGAUGGGCCUGGGGCCUGUGAUUGAUCGCUCUGAGUGUGUCUGGAGGAUGAACAACGCUCCGACAGAGGGGUAUGAGUCUGAUGUGGGCAGUAAAACGACGGUGAGAGUGGUCUCCCACACCAGCGCACCCUGGCUCCUCCGGGAAGAGACCCUCAGCUCCCAGCACAACCGCACCAUCUACAUCCUGUGGGGUCCUUACAGGAACAUGAGGCGUGAUGGCAAGGGCAUCGUCUAUAAUCUCCUGCGGACUGUUCAGAGCCGUUUCCCCACAGCCAGACUCUACACCGUCACAGAGGAGCAGAUGAGGUAUUGUGACCUGGCUUUUAAAAAGGAGACAGGGAAGGACAGGGUCCUGUCAGGCUCCUACCUCAGUACGGGCUGGUUUACCUUCAUGGUGGCGAUGGAAGCAUGCAGGUCCAUUCAGGUCUUCGGGAUGAUUAACGCCUCAUUCUGCAGCGCUGCCGGACACCGGAAAGUGCCGUACCAUUACUACGAGCCGAGUGGCCAGGAUGAAUGUGCCGAGUAUUAUCUCCACGAAAAUGCCCAGUACGGAGGUCACCGGUUCAUCACUGAGAAAGGAGUCUUCGCCAACUGGGCCAAGCAGAGGAAGAUCAAAUUCUUCAACCCCACCUGGCAGAUCUCCUGAUAAACUCAAACUGUCUCUCCAUCCACAGAGGGGACUGCAGCUUCCCCCUCCAACCCCCAGCAACAGCCCCGAGACAAUUGGACAAUGACGUAUUGAUUAAGUCUCUGUGCUUCCACACGUUCUCAAUAAAGAGCCGUAUUACCCUG